CGUUAGUCAGGUACCGCACCCAAAAUCAGUUGGCGCGAAACUCCACGCCAACACGCAGUGCCACUCACCCUCUCCACAUUCACCUUUCUCAAACAAACUAGGGUUCAAGCAUCGAAAAUCUUCACAUAAAAAACCUCGUGAACUUUUUCUGUUUCUGUAAAAAUGGUUUCGAAGGGUGACGGGGCGGAAGUCGGCGAAAACAAGAAGCAGAAGAAGAGAAAGAACAAUGAAGGAGAAACCGAAAGGCAACGACGUCGUCGAGAGAAAGAAGAAUCUAAAGAGAAGGAAAAACUUUCUUUGCAAAAGCAAGCCGAUAUCAUGUACAAGUUUCUCAAUAGAACCAAAACUAGCGAUCGAAAUGACCAACACUUCAAUACAAAGAUCGAAACUCCGUUUGAUUCAGCUACACUAUCGAUGGAUGCUACCCUUCAUUCUGGUCCUGAAUUUUCCAGUGAGGACAUUCGCAAGGCACAGAUUUCGAUGUGGCGUGAUUUGAGUAAAUCGGUUCGAUCAAAGAGGAGUCAGAGGUGGGGUAUACGAUUGAAACCUAAGUUUGAACUUUAUAAGGAGCUUAAGCUUCGACCUACUGUAAGAGUGGCUCAUUAUGGUGACUUGAUAUUGGAGGAGCAUGCAGAACGUUCUCUUCUUGAUGUGAAGAUGAACCAGCAUGGGAAACAGUUAUUUCAGUUUGAUCAUAGUCCAAGACCUGCCUUUUAUGGUAUUUGGGACAAGAAAAGUCAAGUUGUUGGACCACGCCAUCCUUUUAGGAAGGAUUCCAUCUUGGAUUAUGAUGUCGACAGCGACGAGGAAUGGAAAGAGGUGGAUCCUGGUGAAAGCCUGUCAGGUUAUGACCAAGAUGAAGAGGAAUGUUCAACAUCUGAUUAUGAAAUUUGUGGUGGGUAUUUUGUUCCUGAUGGAUAUCUCUCAGAAGAUGAGGGUGCACAUGUGGAUAAAAUGGAAACAAAUGUUGACAUUGAUGGAGCUGAGAACUUACCAAAAGGCAAGGAUGAUGUAGAGAGGGAUGAGUUCUGUGCUUUGCUUCAACAACAGAAGAAUCUAAAUAAUUUGAUAAAGAUUGCUCUUGGAAAAAAUAAGCCAUUGAUUAUAACAAAUUUCAUGCAUGAGAUGAGAUCGGGUCAAGAUAAUGGUACUAUUAAGUCAGAGCAGAUUUGGUUGCAAUACUUGAGUUUUCAUGUAAUUUCUGCCAUAGAUAUAUCUGUGAAUCAUUUUCAAGAUGAGGACCAAAAACGCUCCAGCGGAGGCAGUGUCGCUCCGGUAUGUGAUGAUGAUGCUAUUCCGGAAUCGAAUCUUCCUCUCAUUGUGGCUGCCAUUCAGACUUAUCCUAGGAGCUUAAGUAAAGUGUUGAAGUCUUUGAAACGAAGAUUUCCUUCUGCCUCAAAACAUUUACUGAAGGAUAAAGUGUGUGAGAUAUCAAACUAUGUUGAUAACUGUUUGCAGGUGAAGAAAGAAGUUCUAGUUAAGCUUGGUCUAGAUCAGGGUUGUUCAAAAUCGGAAUCAAGGAGCAGGACUGUGCAUUCUUCAAGAAGUUGCUUUCCAUCUACUAGUGACAUCCUGAAACCUGGUGAUAAUAAGAAAAAACAGACCUAGUAACUCAACUGCAAAAGAAUGGAGAUUGAGCAUAUUUUUAGAGAAGCAAAUGUGGGUGGUUGACAUUUUGACUAUAACAGCUAUUUUAAGAAUAGCUAAGGAUUUCUUUUUGUAUAUAGGGAAACAUCCUUUCUUUGAAUUCACUGAUGUCACUAACUAGUAAUUCUCCUCUGUAUUGCUCUAUGUUGUAUUUUUUGGGAUGUAUAGCUAGAUGUAUAGUGAUUAGGCCAGUUUAGUUGCAGAAUACUAGUUGUCCUUUAGCUUUUUGUAUGAUACUUCCAAUACUAUUCCCGUUUCACAAAGGCACAAGUAAGAUGGUUUUAGCUUUA